AUGGCAGCCCGGGUCUCCUUCACCCAAGUUCGCCUGGAAGCGGAGUUGGAGCGCUACCGGGCCGAGUGCCAGUGGGACAAGAUGCCGAUGAUCAUCGACCAGAUGAAGGUGGCGCGGAUUCACGAGGACGAUGACUAUGGGAUGCUGCUGAUGGCCGAGGCGCUGCUGGAGGAGUGUCUGCAGGAAAACAUGGACCUGUUACGCAGCUCAACACCUUUGAUGGAUAAGACCCAGCCCAAACUGUCCCGGGCCAAAGGCCACCUCAACACCAUCCUCAGCCGAGGCCGUCUCACACCCAGGUACCUGAAUGAGGCUCUGCUGCUGAUGGCUAAGGUGCACUAUGUGCAGGGUCGCUACAGGGAUGCCCAGGGUAUGUGUGCCAGGGUGGGACUGGAGGAGCUGACGCGGGAUGAGCAGCCGACCUACCACCUCCGCCUGCUGGCUGAGGCUUUUGUCAUCAAAGGUCUGUCUCUGGACCACCAGAUAGUUUCUGCAGUGUCUCGUGUCCGUCUGUCAGAGAGGGAGGAGGAGAGUCUGUCCUGUUACCUGAAGGCCUGCGACGCUUCUCUAUCCUUCCUGCAGGAGCUCGAUAAGAUGGUAACAACACCCCACGCUAAGACAGCAAAAGCCAGUUUGCUUCCUCCACCUGCGGACAUCGACCUGGGCUACUUCCUGCAGGCGUCAUUACAGAGUGCGUACCUCUGUCUGCUGCAGAGAGGUCAUCUUGCACAGGGUGCUCACCAACUGCGUAGGGUGCUCAGGGUGGUGGAGUCACGAGGGUCUCAGAGCUUCAGGAAGUCUGCGGCGAGGAAGCUAGCAGAGGUGCUGCUGAGCUCUGUGAGUGAGGACAGCUACUGGCCCCCACUGGGCCCCCCACCUUCAGCCUGGCUCCACAGAGAGGGAGCCGCAGCCUCCAAAGACGCCAUCUACCCCACUGUUAAACCGCCACAACGUUACAGCACUGACUGUUGCUUCUGUCCUCAGGACGUGGUGGAGGAGGCUGUGUUGCUGCUGCUCAUCACAGAGUCCAUGGCCAGCGGCGAGGCGGUCAUCAGUCGUCUGCCAGACCAGGCUGAAGCUCGUCAGGCCAGCCUGCAGGAUGCCACCUCUGUCUAUGACCUGCUCACCAUUGGCAUGGCCAGGAGGGGGCAGUACGGCAUGCUCUCUGAGUGUCUGGAGCGAGCCAUGAAGUUUUCAUUUAACGAGUUCCACCUCUGGCACCAGCUGGGCCUGUCACUCAUGGCAGCCGGGAAGGGGGUUGGUGCUGUGUCUGUAUUUAAAGAGUGUGCCAGGAUGAGACCAGAGGAUCCUUCAUUGCCCCUAUUGGCUGCUAAAGUCUGCAUUGGUCAACUGCAUUGGUUCGAGGAGGCUGAGGCUCUGUCACAGACUGUGGUGUCUAUGGGGGAAGAAGCUGGAGAAUUUCUACCUCGAGCCUAUCUGUCCUUGGGACUCUGCUGCAGUUUACAGGCCUCUGAUGCACCUCUGAAAGCUGAUCGUAAUGAAUUCAACAAAAGAGCACUACAAGCUUUAAGCAAAGCUCAUUCGUUAGACCCCCAGGAUGCUCAGAUUGCCAUGUACCUGGCUCUCCAGCUGGCCCUUGUACGCCAGGUAUCGGCAGCCAUAGAGCCCCUGCAGGCAGCUUUAUCUCUCCGUGGGGACGACUUACACUCCCUCCACCUGCUGACUCUGCUGCUGAGCGCCCAGAAACACCACCGUCACGCCCUGGACACCCUGGGCUUGGCCCUCAGCCAGCACCCCAGCAACUUCAAUCUGCUGUUCACAAAGGUGAAGCUUCAGGAGGCCCUCUUUGGCCCUGCUGUGGCCCUGCAGACCUGUGAGGAGAUGCUGCAACAGUGGCAAAGCCGCUAUGAUGUCAGCCGCUCCAGUGAGACAGAUGACAGUAGCAGUAUACCAAUGGCCGAGAGGGCAGAGGUCAGCCCCGGAGCCAGGAAACCCUCUAUCCACCUCACCCUGCCUGACUUCCAGGACGCCUCCACUGGUUCAUUGAGCCCUUCGUCAGUUGCAGCAUCUCGUCUGGAAGCAGCCCUCUCUGAGGUAUCAGACCUCAGCUCCAUCCGACGCCAAGGACCCACCUACAUCUGGAACACCCUGGAACGCAUUUGGCUGCAAGCUGGGGAGUUGUUCAUGGCAGACGGUCGGCUAAAGGAAGCCCAGUUCUGCUUAGCCGAGGCCAGCGCACUCUUCCCCAACUCGUACUCCGUGCUGCUGCAGCGGGGCCGUCUGGCUGAGCUCCGGGGCCAACUGGACGAAGCCAAAGGCCUGUACGACGAGGCCCUAGCCAUCCAUCCCACAGGAGAGCGCAUACUUGUGCACAUGGGGCGGCUGCUGGUGAAAACCGGGCGUGUCCACCUCGGAGAGAAGGUCCUCCGUGAUGCUGUUCAGGUCCACAGUACCUCCCAUGAGGCAUGGAGCGGCCUGGGCGAGGCCCUGCAGUCUCGGGAAGCCAGCCAGGCCCCUGACUGCUUCUUGACUGCCCUUGAGCUGGAGGCUUCCUGCCCCAUCCGCCCCUUCACCAUCAUCCCCAGGGAGCUUUGAGGGGCCAGGGCUGGGGUGGAGGUUUGGGUUAUAGGGUUAAGGAAAUGACCUGUUGUUGGAUAAUUAUACACUAAUGCAGAUACAUUUAAAAGUAGUGCUGGGGGGACAAAAUAUUCCUUGAAUGAAAAGUUUGACAUUUUGGGCUCUUAGCUUUCUUGCCAAAAACUUAAUGAGAAGAUCAAUACCACUCAUAUCUGCCAGUUAAAUAUAAUGUAACAGCCAGCCUAUUAUACUUUUCCUGAUUUUCUGUCAAAUAUAGAAAAUGUUACAAUAUCAGAUGUUCAUGUUAUACAUGGUCAAAGUUUCAAACAGUGAGAUAAACAUAUGUAAAAGUAAUCUCCGUCAGCAAAAAACUCAAAAAACUGUUCUGUAUAUUCUGUUUCCAACAAUUUUUUUUUCUGCUUUCGAGACAUGCUGCCCAGUUAGCAGGGAACAUUCCCACAACACUAGCAAACAUUACCUCCAAGUUGUA